UAUUUCAUUCGCAUUUAAAGCUUACCGCACCAAACAUAUGUGGGCAUUCAAAAAGUUUAUAUUGAAGAAACCAUAAAGAAAUUAAAUUUCAUUAAAAAUGUGUGGCAUAUUCGCAAUAUUUUCAAAAAAUGGCGAGCCCAUAGCACCAAGAGUCUUCCAUGGUAGUAUGCAUACUUUGCGAGAAAUUGGUUAUCGUCAAAGUGGUAAACAACGGCAUCGAGGUCCAGAUGACACGGGCGUAAAGGUGCUGCCGGAUCAUGGUGUAGUAUUGAUACAUGAGCGUCUAUCGGUUAUUUGCGUAAAAUCAGGGCAUCAGCCUUUGGUUUCGGAAAACGGUGAUGUGUUGUUAGUAGCAAACGGUGAAAUUUACAACUACCUUGAACAGUCGGCGGAAAUCGCAAAGAAGCGUGGACAUUACAAACCCAAAAGUGAUUGCAAUGUCAUUGUUGAGCUUUACGAAGAGUAUGGCGAGCAACUCUUGAAAUAUAUCACUGGUAUGUUUGCCUUUGUGCUCUAUGACAAACGCUCGAAGAAUAUUUUGAUUGCUCGUGACCCUUUUGGGAUAAUACCGUUAUAUAUUGGUGAAGAUUCAGAUGGCAAUGUAUGGGUUUCUUCAGAAAUGAAGUGCCUUGUUGAAUUUUGUCCCAAUUUGGAGCUUUUUAAGCCCGGCGAGCUACGAGUAGGUCCGGCCAAUAAUUUACAGCGUAAGAAAUAUUUCAAAGAGGAGUGGAUUGAACAUAUACCCACCCAAGAGGUGGAUUUGACAAUUCUGCGCUCGAAAUUAGAAUCAGCUGUACGUUCCCAUCUGCAGUGUGAUGUUCCCUUUGGUGCGCUGCUCUCAGGCGGUGUUGAUUCUAGUCUAGUAGCUUCAAUUGCGACAAAAUUGCGCCGUGAAUGUGUUCCUACAUUCCGAUUAAAAACGUUUUCAGUGGGCCUGCGGAAUGCACCUGAUUUCAAAGCGGCGAAACUAGUUUCUGACUAUAUAAACAGUGAUCACACCGAAAUAGUUUUUGAAAUAGACGAUGCUUUGGAUGGCAUACGUGAUAUUAUCUACCACUUGGAAACAUACGAUGUAACAACGGUACGUUGUAGUCUGCCAAUGUUGUUAUUGGCUCGUUAUAUUAAAAGCACAGGUAUUAAGAUGAUUUUGUCUGGCGAAGGUGCCGAUGAAAUAUUUGGUGGUUACUUAUACUUUUUCAAAGCGCCAAGUCCAGUAGAGUUCCACAAAGAAUUAGUAAAGCGAGUCGAACUAAUUAAUGUAUCCGAUUGCCUGCGAGCCAAUAAAGUCACAAUGGCCAAAGGUCUGGAGUUGCGAGUGCCUUUCCUAGACACAGCCUUUGUUAACUAUGUGAUGUCAGUCAGACCGGAGGAUAAGAUACCUGGCAAUCUUAACUGCUUAGAUAAUAUGCAAAAAUACCGUAUUGAAAAGCACAUCCUACGCGCUGCAUUUGCCAAUAAUUACCUACCCAACGAAGUACUUUGGCGGCAAAAGGAACAAUUUUCUGAUGGUGUCGGCUACGACUGGAUUGAUAGCAUACGUCGCGUGGCGACCUCACAUAUAACUGAUGAACAGUUUGCUACAGCUACCUUACGUUUCCCUAUUAACACACCAACUACUAAGGAAGCCUAUUAUUAUCGUACAAUUUUCGAAGAGUUGUUCCCAGGUACAGCAGCAGCAGAAACUGUGACGCGUUGGGUGCCACGUUUGGAUUGGGGAUGUCCCGAAGACCCAUCUGGCCGUGCUCAAGCUGUUCAUCAAGUUCAUCAGUGAGUGUGAGUGAAGAGGCUUGAAGACUGUUAUCUGUAGUCGUCUCGACGACUGCAAAACUUUUUAGUUGUUUUGAAUAAUUUCAUUCAUUAUUAUAUUUACAACAAGAAAAUACAUAAAUCUGUACUUCCAGAUGUAGUAUGUACAUACAUAUGUAUGUAUAUAAGGUUUAUUUGAACUUAUGCUUAAGUACCCACUAAGUAAUUUUUUGCUAUAUAUAAAAAGUAAUACGACAUAAUAACAGGCAAAUAAAAUCAAAAUUUAAAAUGA